UUGGCGGCGUGCAUUAUUGUCGGCGUCUGUUACUAGUUUUUAAUGAGAAAUAUCAGCAUUUUCCGUGAUAAAAAGUGAAAAAUGUAAUUUGUUGUAUAUUUCAAUAGCAUUUGUUGCUCUUUUUCAACUAUUUGUUCCGUGUUUUGGACCUGUACAUCAAAAUAAAACUUCUGAAAACAACCACGCAAAACAUAACCUGUGUAACUCUAGCGUUGGUGGAUUAAUCAGUUCUGUAUAAAUUUGAAAGCAAUAAUCACAAAAUGAGACCACGUUCCCUUUCGGUAGCCGUCGACCGGCACGACAUAAUUUCCAAAAAGUUCGAAGGAGUGGCUUCCGACGAAAACGAGGAGGUUGUGAGCGAUUCGGACGAUCCGGAUGAUGAUCAGCAAGCGCCAGAGGGCAAAUCUGAUUGGACGAAUACGGAUUACGAUGAUUUAUUUCAGAAAAUUCGCGCAGUUCUGCCUAAUUCUGAUAACAGAAAAGCCGCUUCUCGGAUAAAAACAAUCGAUUGGACGAAGGUGGCAUUCGGCGACCAUUCUGCCGAUGAGGUGAAGGAUGUGACGUACAAAUUAAUUGCAAAGGUACGAAAAUAUCGUACGUUAGGAGAAAUGCUGGAUGAUAUAACGAAGAAAAGCAUAGUUGGUGUUCCGAAAAAGCCCAAAGCUCCUCCUUCUGCAUAUAACUUUUAUGUCAAAGCAAAUCUACGUAUAAUCAAGCAAGAAAAUCCUGAAUUAACAGCGAAUGACGUCUUCAGAAAGGUUGCCGAGCAGUUCAAGCAGCUAUCCGACAAAAAGAAACAGAAAUACGAGCAACUAGCCGAGCAGGCUAAAGAACAGUACAAAAAAGAAUUGGAAAAAUUCUACAUCGAUAAUCCAAAUGCCACUCCGAAAAAAAAUACUGGAAAGUUACCGAAGAAUAAGGUACCGAAAAAACCAAGCAAGGUAACCCCAUACAACUUGUUUGUGUACCAACAAAAACUAGAGGGGCUAAACGUGUCCAAUGCCGAUAUGAAAAAGCAAUGGGAAAGCAUCGACUUUGAGCAAAAGGUCAAAUUUAUUCGUGAAGCGUACAGCAGCGAACAGUCGAAACUUACCAAAUCGGAAAAAGAUUUGCUUGACAUAGCACACGGAAAGCCGGAAAUUGUUCCUCGCUCGACCUGCGAAUAUUAUUUGAAAAAACACGCCGUGAGAAAUACAUCUAUUACUCCACAAGCCUGGCGCAAGAGCGCGAUGGCGGAGUUUCGAGCGCUACCGAAGAUUAGGAAACUGGAACUGGAGUUGGAAUUGCGGCGCGCGCAGGGCGAGUUCGUCCGUAAAUACCGUGCAUACAUCGACAAACUACCGGCGCAUGAAAAGCAACCAGAAAUAGAUUUGCUGCAGCUGUACUUGCAAACUACGAUGGAAAAAGAGGAAAAGCUCAAAUACGAUGGAGGAGAUCUGACUGGAUGCAGUGGGACCAACGAGCUGGGCGACUUGCCUCUUGCCGAGUCGACUACGAACGAAAUAGAGCCUCGCAAGAAGAAAUCGAGCAAAAAAGUCACUUCCGCUGAACUUCCACCCCCUAGUCCCGUUGCGUCCAAGCCAUUGAAAUCAAUUCUUAAGAGUCCUGCACCAAAGCACAAACUAGAUGAGCCGGAUGCAUCGACAACAGCCUCAAAAAAGAAGAAGAAAUCAGAAACUCCAGUUGUCGAUUCCGAAUCGGACAGCAGCUACAAGCAGGGCAAAAAGAAGCCGAAAAAGGAGAAAGAAUCGAGCAAUGGGGUGGAUUCGGACCGGGGAACUGGCGAAAAUGGAUCCAACCUAAACCGAUUUGCCGUAAAAGAACCUAAACGUCCACCAAAAGACAUAAUGAAAUAUUACAAAAAAUUCCACUACUUUGGUAAGGCGGGGAAACACAAAGAAUCUUUUGAGAAGCUGUCCGCCCAGCGUAAAAAAAUGAUCGAGGAAGAAAUGAGAGCCGCUCAAAAGAAAUACAUGGUCGAUCUAAAAAAGUUCCUAGAUCACCUACCGAAGUCGGAAGUGAAGGCCUACGUCACACAUCUGAAAGAAUUUGUCAAGAACGGUUCCAGUGCGGACGAAGGGGAGACUGAAGAGGAGGAGACAGAAUCGGUGCCGAAAAAAAAAAGUCCUGCUAAGAAGAACACCACCAAACAGGAACCGCCGAGCGACAGCAGUGAGGACGAUAGCGAUGAAUAUUGAAAGCAUGUGCCCAGAAUUCUUCGUGCUUCCUAGUACACCGAAAAGAGAAGUGACGUCUUUGCCUUAGAAAUCUAAUCCUGUGCGGGUCAUGUUUUUUAAUAGAAUUAUUCAUUGGUUAGAAGUGUUUACAAUACUAGAGGCAAAUGUAAUACAAUUUGCUAAAUCAUUGCAAACAUCUGGGUGUACUCUAUACGCCAAUAAUAGUGUUCAUGUAUGAGUAUCAAGUUUUAGUUAAGUUUCA